UAUGAUACGCGUAAAUUAAAAGUCUUCUCAACUUUUAAGAACGCAUCGACAGUUUAUUAUAACCUACAAACGUCAAACAUGUCUGACGAAACAAAUUCGAACAAAACAAUUAAAUUCGAACCGAUCGAUGAUUAUCCUCAAGUGAAACAGGAAUUUGAUGAUUAUGAAAAUACGUCAGAUUUGUGUACGGAUAAUGAUGAUAUAUGUCUGCAGCAAUUUCUAAAAUCUGAGGUUACAAUUGAUGAGGAAUUAAAACAAGAAACUAUUGGUGACCAAGAUGCUGCAAAAAAUACAAACCAAAUAUUUUUACUUUGCAUAUAUAACAAAGACAUCACUAAAUCGAGUAAUUUAGUAGAUGAUACAGACGAACCAUCUGAAAGAGUUUCAGAAAAAUUUAAAAGUACUAAUGAUUUGAAACUCUACAAAUGUAAAAUAUGCCUUAAAGCAUUCAGAAUAAAGCAUUAUUUAAACCAACAUGAAAAGGUUCACACAGGACAAGGUCCCUAUGAGUGCAUGACAUGCAAUAAAAGAUUUUUACAGUUAUGUCAUUUAAGAAGGCAUUUAUUAAUUCAUACUAAAAAUUAUAAAUGUAAUACAUGCAAUAAAACAUUUGCAUUGAAACAUUCAUUAAACCGGCAUGAAGUGAUUCACACCGGAGAACGCCCUCAUGAAUGCCCAACAUGUAAAAAAAGAUUUUCAGUGUUAGGUAGUUUAAGAAAGCAUUUAUCAACACAUUUAUCAACGCAUUUAUCAAAGAAAUCUAAAGAACGAUCUUAUAAAUGUGAAAUAUGCAAUAAAGCUUUCAAAACAAAGCAAAUAUUAAAACUACAUGUAACAGUUCACACCGAAGAACGACCUUAUGAAUGUGAAAUCUGUAAUAAAACGUUCAAAACAAAAAAUGUAUUAGACAAUCACAAAAUAGUUCACUCAGAAGGAGUAAAUUAUAAAUGUGAAAUAUGUAAUAAAGCAUUCAAAGCAAUGAAAUAUUUAAACAGACACAAAGCCCUUCACUCCGAAGAACGACAUUAUAAAUGUGAUAAAUGCAAUAAAGCAUUCAAAACAAAAAAAUGUUUAAACCAACAUGAAGUGGUUCACACGGAAGAACGACCUUAUAAUUGUGAAAUAUGCUCUAAAACAUUCAAGACAAAGCGACAUUUAAUUGAUCAUAAAGGAAGCCAUACUGGAGAACCCCAUACAAGAAACAAUGAAUAAAACUUUUGAAUGACUCGUAAAUCUCU